AUGCUGAGAAUAGCCGGCGUGUUGGCUGUAGUGGCUCUGGGGUUGAGCGCUGCUCACACCAAAGUGAAUAAGCAUAAGCCAUGGAUUGAGACAUCGUACCAUGGAGUGAUCACUGAAAACACUGACAUCGUUCUGCUAGAUCCUCCUCUGGUGGCCCUGGACAAAGACGCCCCCAUCCCUUAUGCAGGGGAGAUCUGUGCGUUCAACAUCCACGGACUGGAUGCUCCGUUUGAAGCAGUGGUGCUGAACGGUACGUCGGGUGAGGGCCAGAUGAGGGCCCGUGGCCUGGUGGACUGCGAGCUGCAAAAGGAAUACACCUUCAUCAUUCAGGCUCACGACUGCGGUUCUGGCCCCAGAGGCACAGAGGGCAAAAAGUCCCACAAGGCGGUGGUGCACAUUCAGGUCAACGAUGUGAAUGAGUUUGCCCCAGUAUUUCGGGAGCCCCAGUACCAGGCCGCAGUGACAGAGGGCAAGAUUUACGACAGCAUCCUGCAGGUGGAGGCCACUGAUCAGGACUGCUCCCCACAGUACAGCCAGAUCUGUAACUACCAGAUCACCACCACCAACACACCCUUCGCUAUAGAUCGCAACGGUAAUAUCCGGAACACAGAGAAGCUGAGCUACGACCGCCAGCAGCAGUACGAGAUCCAGGUGACGGCCUGGGACUGCGGCCAGAAGAGAGCCUUGAACAGCGUACCUGUCCGCAUUGAUGUCAAGCCUGUCUGCAAACCUGGCUGGCAAGGUUGGAAUAAAAGAGUGGACUAUGAGCCAGGAACAGGAAGUAAGCAGCUGUUUCCUAAGAUGCACCUGGAGACCUGUGGUGGGCCACUGUCAUCGGUGAGGACCACAGUGGAGCUGCAGACCAGCCACAUCGGGAAAGGCUGCGACCGUGAGACCUACUCCGAGAAAUCUCUACAGAAACUCUGUGGGGCCUCCUCAGGCAGCACUGACCUUCUCCCUGCCCCCAGCACUGCCACCAACUGGACAGCUUCCCUGGUAACUGACAGCGGCAGGGACAGUGAUUUGAUCUUCAGGUUUGACGGUCGUCAGGCGGCUAAAAUCCCUGACUGGGUUGUACCCCAGAAUCUGACAGACCAGUUCACAAUAGCAACUUGGAUGAAGCACGGACCCAGUCCUGGGCUCAGAGCUGAGAAGGAGACACUACUCUGUAACUCCGACAAGACUGAGAUGAACCGUCAUCACUACUCGCUGUAUGUCCAUAAUUGCCGCCUGGUAUUCCUGCUGAGGAGAGACUUCACCCAGGUGGACACCUUCAGACCAGCAGAGUUCCACUGGAAACUGGAGCAGAUUUGUGACAAGGAGUGGCAUUACUACGUCAUCAAUGUAGAGUUCCCAGGGGUGACGCUCUAUGUGGACGGUGUGACCUACGACCCCUACCUGGUCACUGACGACUGGCCCAUCCAUCCCUCACAGAUUGAUGUGCAGCUCACAGUCGGUGCUUGUUGGCAAGGUGGGGAAGUGACCAAGUCGCGGUUUACUCAGUACUUCCGGGGCAGCCUAUCUGGACUGACCGUCCGACCGGGGAAGAUUGAGAGUCAGAAAGUCAUUUCCUGUCUGCAAGCCUGCAAAGAGGGACUGGACAUCAACUCUCUCGAGAGUCUGGAUAAGAGCAUAAAGUUCCACUUCAACCCAGCCCAGUCUAUCUUGGUAAUGGAAGGAGAGGACUUGGAAAACAUGAACGCUGCUGUGAGGAAAGUUUCCUACAUAAACUCUCGCCAGUUUCCCACACCAGGCAUCCGACGUCUGCACAUUUCUACUGUCGUCCAGUGUUUUGGUGAAGACACUUGUAUCACCAUACCAGGCAUCGAUGCAGUGGUGAUGGUUUUGCAGCCCAGUGAGCCCAGGAUAACCAUCUCCGGAGUGGAGAGACUGAAUCAGCCGGCCUCCGACCUCAGAGCGCCAGGAGGCAUAGCUCUGUUCCAGGACCUCCACAUCAUCAGCACAGUCACCAGGGCGGACGCCACCGCACAUCACACAGCACGUGGACCCGGGGUGAUGGAGGAGAUUAUUCAUAAUUUGGACUACUGUGAUGUGCUGGUGUUGGGCGAGGAGCUGAGGCCGGAGCAGGAGUCCCUCCAACUGCAGCGCAGCACUAUGCUCGGAAAACACCUCGACGCCACUAACUCCACCUCUGGCAUGUCCAUAUAUGGUGUGGACUCCAUGUCCAACUAUGAACAGGUUAUCCGACAGGUGCGUUACUAUAACUGGCAGCCCGAACAACUAGCAGAGAGAAGGUUUCGCCUCACCUGCUCGGAGCUCAACGGACGCUACACCAGCAAUGAGUUCAACCUUGAGGUGAGCGUACUGCACAGUUCAGAAGCUGGGGAACAUGUCAGUCACAUGGUAGCCCCGCCUCAGUACAUGCAGGUGGUCCACCAUCCGUCCAUGAUUCAUGAGCUGUACCCCAGCCACAGCUCAGACUGCUGCUCUCACACAGAGGUCCUCGGUGAUAGAGAGCAGUGUAAACUCGCUCCCCUUCUCAAAUGA